AUGGUCCGGCAGGCGUUCCCGCGGAGAGAGAGUGAACGUCAGCGCUUUGCAUCCGACGGUUCGGAAUGGCCGGGAUGCUCGAACAGUGUGCCAUGUGACGUGUCUGUGCUGCUGCUGUUCUUGCCGAUGCGGGGCAUCCGACGUCCUCCGUUCUCUCCUUCCGUUCUGCUCCCUCUCGGCGAUAAUCGAGUUGGAAAAUAUUCAGGAUGUGGAAGCAGGCAUCUUAACACUUUUGAAGGAGCAACGAAAUCCAACUACGUAUCUUGUUUCAACGUCGUCAACCCCUACCUGAUCACCGUUCACAGACGAUAG